ACUUGUGCGAAGCAAAGGGGAAGAGACUGUCACACACAGAGAGAGACACACGAAAGAGACAGAGAGAGACUGGAACACACACACAGAUUGUUGCAAAGAAACAUUUAGAAAGUGGCCACGAGACUGGACAUUUUUAAGGGAUAAACGUGGACACAAGUCAAGAGACAGAAGAAAAAAACUGUAAGUUACUGAAAUGAAAGAAAAGUCUGGGACGAGUGUUAAUUAGUGAGAGAAAGAGAAAAGCUGCAUUACAAGAAACUGGAUCUGCAGGACUGACAGACACAUCGCAUUUCUAUAUGGAACUACAACAACAUCAUUAUUCUAUACAGGAAGACUGAAAUGUAGAAAGAGAGAUGCAAAUCUCUUAUUUAUAAGGGACCAGUAUAAAGCAGAGCAAAUAAGUCUGAGAUCCAGGAAGGGAGAGGCGCAGAUCAAGGCUGAGUCACCAGCCAACAUAGAAACUGUCUCACUUCAACAUUCAACAUUCAACAUUCAACAUUCAACAUGCUGGAUUGUAUUGCACUCAAUUACUGAGCAGGAAAAAUGAGUUCUGUAUGGAAGAGACUGCAGCGCACUGGAAAGAGAGCAGCACGAUUCCAGUUUGUGGCCUCUUAUCAGGAAUUAAAAUUAGAGUGCACACAGAAAUGGCAACCUGAUAAAGUGGUCGUUAUAUGGACUCGGAGAAACAGAAGAGUCAGUUCUAAGCCUCACAGCUGGCAACCAGGGAUAAAGGACCCAUUUCGUGGAUCUGUUGUUUGGGCUGUUCCUGAAAAUGUGGAUAUUACUGCAACAUUAUACAGAGACCCGCACACGGAAUAUUUUGAGGAGAAGGAGUGGACAUUCCAGAUUGAAGGGGAAUCCCGCGGACACAAAAAACUUCUUGCAGCAGCCCCUAUUGACCUCCGCAAAUUUGCUGCCAUUUCUGCUGCCCCACGGGAGGUGACACUUGCGCUUUCUCCGCGCUCUGUCAAGGUUGUGUCUGCAACACUCAUUGUCAGCAUUUCCAGUAUUUUAAUACGAGAGGGCAAAGCUACUGAUGAUGACAUGCAGAGUAUUGCUAGCCUCCUGAGUCUUAAACCAUCUGACAUUGCUGAUAUGGACGACUUCAAUGAGGAGGAUGAGGAAGAGAAGUCUCGGCAAAUCAGAUCCCCUACCGGGACCGCAAUGCGAGGAUAUCUUAAAGGCAUCCGUACUGAUUACUACCCAGACCCUGUCCGGGAACUAAAUACUCUUGCUGAGGAAGAAGACGAAACUUCUAUUAGCACACCUUCUCAAGUUACAACAAAGUCUCCAGCUAAUAUCUUCCAUUCAUCUACCAAUGUUCUUUCCCAAAGAAGACCACAAGAGCCUAAUCUUGUACCGCUUGAUAAAUCCAACAAUAGUGUUACUAAAGUUGAUGGGGGAGAACAAGCUAGGAGAACCAUUGAAAAGUCCAUGACAGAUGGCCUAGCAAUGGAUCAAGACAAAAGGUCUAAUGAGGUAUGGAAGAUUCGAGAGGUCAACCCUAUUUCUUGUGUCAAAGAUACAGUCAAGAAGGAGCCUGACAUAGUGCACGGGGAAGGGUGGAGAAAGAGUGGGGAGAGAAUGGUGGAAGUGGAGGACCUGCAAGAGAGAAAGACAGAAACAGUUAGGGUUCCUGAGGCUGCAGUAAGAAUGAAAAAAGCUAAGGAUAUAGAGAUGAUUCAGGAGACAAAACCUAAGACAGAUAUAAGAACUCAAGAGACAACACAAAAACCAGAGAUAGCAAGGAGGGAAAAGAAAGCAGCUGCACUGAGAACACUGGAAAAAGUAGCAGUCAAUGAUCCAGAGUUACAUUAUAUUCCUGAGACUACAUCAAAAGCAUAUCAAGGUCCAGAAACAACCUUAAAAGCAUAUAAGAAAGUAGAGGAAAUAAUUCAUAUUCCAGACAGGAGAUUCCAAACAAAUACAGUUUUGGAAACAACAAAAAUAGAUGAUACCUUUUCAUAUGAAGUUGCAAAAUCACAAACUAGUAGAGACAUGGAAUUUCCACAUAAUGUAGAUCAAAGCACAUACACGAUAUCUCCGAUUCUAAAUGUCGCAGACCAAAUAACUCCUAUUGAUAAAGCAAGUCUACAGCAGCUUCAAGAAAGUGUAUUACAUAUUACAGGGGAGCAAGUAGCAAAAGGAAAAGACCAGGCGUCUUCCAAGACAGAGGAGGUUGUGUUAGACAUUGCAGAAAAAGAAGGGAAGUCAGUAUUAGAGAAGACAGAAAGUGUGCUAGAUGGUACAAAAGAAGAAUUAGAUAAAUCAAUGGAUCAAAUAGCAUCUAAGCCACAAGAACUUGUUUUAGCGAUUGCAGAAGACAGAGGCACUAUAAUACCAGAUCGGACAAUUUCUAAUACAAAGGAAAAUGCCCCAGAAACCAAAGAAGAGCAAGGAACGAACAAUGUAGAACAGAAAAUGUAUUGGACUCAGGGUGGUAUGUUAGAGGUAGUAGAAGAACAAGGUAUAAAAAGAAAAGAGCAGGAAACUUUGUUGGAUAUUAAAGAGGACAAUGAAGUCUUAUCUGACUCUCAGACUCAUUUCACAUUGUACGAGACAGAACAGAAAAAAGAUCUGUGUGAUGCUAAGGUUAAACCUGCAGGAAUUAUACAUGAUGAUGGGCAAAUAGAAGCUGAACAAGGAUAUGAAAAAACAGAAGAGGAAUUAUGGCACAAAGAAAAAACACAAGAUACUAAAUCUGAGGUUGAAACAAGUGAGCAGAUAGAGAACAGAAGAAACUCAGAGGAGGAUAAACAGAGAGAACAUAUUGCCAAAGAAACAAGAAGCUACACUGAAGAGAAAGUUCCAUGGAAAGAAAGACUACAAAAAGCACCAAUGAAUGAAACUAAAGGAAAUGAAGAAAACCGGGUACAUCAAAAUAUUAUUUGUGCAGACCAAAGGCUGCCUAGCAUAGAACCCUGCUUGAAGGGCAUAGGUGAAAUGAGAAUUCUAGAGAUGACUGCAUUAUUAGAUAAUAAGGAUGAAAGCAUAAUAAGUGAAAAUUAUCUGGCACCAAAGGAAAAAGAAAUACAGCUAGAAUCUGAAAUAAAAGUAGAGAGUAAAAUAGAAGCUGCUCUUGGUCCUGUGAUUAGAUUGGAAUUAGAUAACAAAGAAAAGGGAGAACAAGUAAAGGAAGAGAUGAGACCGCAAGAGCUUACAUUUAAAGAUGACAAUAAUUUGGAGACAGUGCUAGAUAAUAAGGAGGAAAGUGUAAUAAGUGAAAAUACUUUGGUGCCCCAGGAAAAUAAAAUACAGGUAGAAUCUGAAAUGAAAGUAGAGCGUAAAAUAGAAGCUGUUCUUGGUCCUGUAGUUAGAUUGGAAUUAGAUAAUAAAAAAGAGAGAGAACAAGUAAAGGAAGAGAUGAGAUUACAAGAGCUUACAUUUGAGGAUACAAAUAGUGUGGCAACAGUGCUUGAAACCAAAUCUCGCAGAAAGGAAGGAUUGCAAGCAUCAUCAAUGAAGAAAGAAAGGAGAGAACACCACAAGGAAAUAGCAGAAGAGGCAAAAAGAAUUGUAGAUACAAAGUUAGAGAAUUCAACAGGUUGUGCUGCUAUAGUAAAAUAUAUACUGUACAGUCAAGAAGUCACAGAAGACAAGAAAGCAAUGGAGAGAAAUAGUUUGCACUACACAGUUAAGACAAAAGAGAGUGUAAAGGGGCCAGAAGUAGCCAAAUCACCCUGGCCAAUACCAUGUAAAGAAGAGCUCUAUGAACUAAUGCAAGAAAAAGUAGACUCAGAGGCUGCACAAGGGUCAAAGGACACAGAGUUGGAAAUAGAAGUUGAUAUCACAUUGAAAUCUAAUGAAAAUAACAGGGAGGAAAAUGAUAUAAUAAAGAAAGUGGAAUGCACAGCAAAUGAGGCAGAUAAUGGCAUUCAGGAAAAUGUAAAUGCAGUGCAGGCAGCAUUCUCUACAGUCAAUACAAUGGAGAGCAGUAGUCAGAAAGAUGAAAAUGUACUGGAAAUUAAAAAAGAGAGACCACAAGAAAACCAGAGAGAGUCAGAGGGGGUACGAGAUCAGGAGAUAACUGUACAAACAGGGGAAAUGUGCAACCUUUCAAUCCAAGCAUUUCCACCUUUAUUCACCACCAGUGAAACCCUUUCUCCUGACCCCUCAAGCUCUAGUGUAUCAGGGGCUGAGAAAGGGUCAAGCCACAUGUUCUCAAUGCGCAGCUUCUCCAUGUCCCCCCCAUCGACCCUUGGACAACAAAGAAGUGCUGAAAAGAAGAGACUGAGCCAGUGCGCAGGGCAAUUGGGGGAGGCGGUUUACAGAAGUACCGAUUCACUGCUACACUGGUGUCAAGAGGUGACUGCCGGAUACCGGGGAGUGCGUGUGAACAACUUUACAACAUCCUGGAGAAAUGGAUUGGCAUUCUGUGCGAUUCUUCAUCAUUUCCAUCCUGAGAUCAUAAACUAUGAAGCUCUGGAUCCAUUAAAUAUUAAAGAAAACAAUAAGAAAGCAUUCAACGGCUUUGCUGGUCUUGGAAUCCCUGCCCUUCUAUGUCCUACAGAUAUGCUUCUUCGUCAUAUUCCUGACAAGCUCAUCAUUCUUACGUAUCUUUGCCAAAUUCGUGACCAUUUUAUCUCUCAGGCACGAAAAGUCAAUGGUACUCCAGGGAAUGAAGCUGAAUUUUCCAGUUUUAAAGAAAAAAGUAUGGCAAGCAACACCACCGAGGAGUCAAAAAUUCAGAAUUCAACUGCUGCCAAAAAUAUUUCACCAGAAGACUUAAAUGCAGAUAUUUCACCUGAUCUAAAAAAGAUGGUGACAAAAUCUGAAGUUUUAAAUAGACCUUCCUAUGAAAAACAAAACAAAUCACCUUCUGAUAAUGACUAUAACGUCAAUUUGUCCACUGUGGAAGAAAGAGAAAAACAAAGACUUUCCUUCACAGAGCAGAAAAUGGCAAGCUCUGGAAAAGAAAAGCAAGGCUCCAGAUCAUCUGAGGACAAAAGUAAAUCCAAAGAAGGCUCACAUGAUCUUCCAAUAAAUGAAGAGCACAAGACUACUAAUCAAGACACACAACAUUCAACAUCCAAUGAUAAUCUUAUCCCACCACCUCGACUCAAAAAAAGGCUGAGUGUAAACGGAUGUGAUUCUAACGUGGAGCAAAUAGAUGCCAGUGUUUCUUCUACUUCUACCCCAGUUCCUCCUCCAAGAAAAGCAGCAGGUCUGGGUCACCUCCGUGAUGCAGACCUUGUCAAGAAGAGGCGUUCUCUUAUACGUACUCAGUCACUUUCAGAGGAAGUGGAUAUCACACAAAAAAGCCACGAGACUGAUUCCAGACCCUCUUCUCAAAUUAUAAAUGAUACCGUGCCUUCUAUUCCCACAACUUCUCCUCCCUCUUCAGUCCCAACCACAGAGGCCAAAGUAAAAGAGGAAGAGGCUCCAAGUUUCAGAGACUCCAGCCAAUAUGUUACAGCAGAACUUGCAGCACUAGAGCUUGAACAGAGGGAUAUUGAUGAAAGGGCUUCAGUGGUAGAAAGAGAUCUUCGUUCUCUUAUGGAAAAUGACAAAGAGGCAGAGGAGACUCUGAUCCAGGAGUGGUUCUCACUGGUGAAUCGAAGGAACGUAUUGAUCCGCAGGCAGGAUGAGCUACAGCUGCUUGUAGAAGAGCAAGAUCUGGAAAUGAGAUUUGAGCUCCUGAGCAAAGACCUCCGAGGCCUAUUAUGUAUCGAUGAUUUUAUGAAGAGUGAAGCCCAGAAAAAGAGAGAGAAACUGUUACUGGAUGAGUUAGUAUCUCUUGUGAAUCAACGUGAUGGUCUUGUAAGAGAUUUGCAUAUCAAAGAGAUCAGAGCUGUGGAGGAGGAUGAAAUAAUUGAGAGAAGUCUGGAGCAAAGACGGAGAAAGUUAAGCAAAAAGGAGAAAUGCCGUAUCAGCUGAGUCUUCCAUGAAAAAGAAUGCGCCACUGCCAUGAUAAAGCUUCUUUUAGCUGCACUGUGUAAAAUCCAACUAAAUGAACUUCACUUGAAGCUAAAUGCAAAUUACACACAUGCAAAUCACCAGUACUAAUGAGGCAAGAAAAGGAAACUGGUUCAGCCACUUCCAAACACCUGCAAACUUUGUUAAAUCUUAUACAGAAGGUUGUUGAGAAGCGGAAAACCCUUCCAAACAUUACUCAGGCUUUAUGUUCUUCCACUUGCUGCUAAGGUCAUAGUAAUGAUCUAUAAUUAUUCAAAUGUGGUUUUUUUUUUUGCAUGAAUAUUUUAUCUUUCCUAGUAUUAUGUGCAGUUAUCAUUCAUAGAAAUGUUUUUGUAACUUAGAAAAUGUUGAUUUUUUUUUGGAAUCCGGGCAGGGCCAUGGUGCAAGGGGGGUGGGGUUGUGAUUCUGCAGGGGCAGGUCAUGGGCGUAGCUAUGAAAAGGUGAUUGGCGAUUGGCUGUUCGCCUCGUCAGUCACAAGGAAUACUGCCCAAAUUUUUGACCCGGCAACACUUCAAAAAACCGGGCCGUUUGGGUCAAAACCGGACAGGUGGCCACCCUAAGGGGGUUAUUUAUUAAACUCUGAAUGCAAAAAUCCCAAAAAUUUGUGAUUUUUUUUAAAAAUAAAA